AUGGGGCAUAUGGUUGAAGUACUGGAAAAUUCAGUUCAAACGCAGAAUCACUUCUAUCUGCCGCACCAUUCAGUAAUAAAGGCAUCAAGUUUAACGACAAAGGUUCGAGUGGUUUUCGAUGCUUCCGCCAAGAGCGCAUCUGGUGUCUCUCUUAACGACGUUCUGAAAUGCGGUCCUACUGUUCAGCAAGAUUUAUUUUCUAUACUUGUUCGCUUCCGUAAGCAUCAAUUUGUCUUAACUUCCGAUAUAGAGAAAAUGUUUCGGCAAAUCAAAAUCGCAAGAGAAGACUGGGACUUACAAAGAAUUUUUUGGAGAUCCAGUCCUAAGGAAUUACUUCGUUCAUAUCAACUCACUACAGUAACAUACGGAAUGACUCCUGCUUCAUUUCUAUCUACCUAUUGUCUAAUAGAACUCGCGAAAAGUGUCAAAAAGCAAUUUCCGUGCGCUUCAAAAGUGAUUGCCGAAGAUUUCUAUAUGGAUGAUUUAAUGACGGGAGCCGACACCGAGGAUGACUGCUGUCAAGUCAUUGGGACUGCAGUGGAAACCAAUUGCCGACCUAUUUCAAUUUGA